UCCCACCGCCAUGAAGGUUCUCCUGCUCGUCUUCGCCCUCGUCGCCGCCGUCAGCGCCCAGACGGAGCCCUGGUGCCGCUGCGCCGCCUUCGUCACCUACGAGCACUCGGAGAUCAUGGUGUUCGAAGCACCCGAAGUCACCAUCGACUCCUGCACGGACGACGCCAAGCAGUGCAAGAACUCCUGCGCCAACGAGCUGAACACCAUGAGCAACAACGGCGACCUUUGGCUAGAGCUCGAUUCUGGGGUCACCGUCGGCCAGAACAUCUGCACCUACCUGGCUGACCACUUCUUCUUCUGGAUGAGGAACCACAAGGUGUACGGCUACUACGAGGUGUGCGGCGGCGCCUGGCAGUACGCGGGCGUCGAGUCUCAGCAACUGCUGUGCUGCGACGGAGGCAAGCACGAGCACUGCAUCGCCAAGUAG